AUGGCAGCUGGGGAAGAAAAGGUCAGCCCUACAGGGGACGAUACUAGCUCCGGGAACGGCCAGGGCAAACAGCCCCUCCAGACUCUCAACACCACAUCCGAUAGAGAAGAUGGCUUCUUGCAAGCAGAGCCCGAUCCUCCCAAGGAGGGUUUAAUGGCCUGGCUUCAGGUCUUAGGAGCUUUCGUAUUGAACCUCAACACUUGGGGCCUGAUGAAUUCAUAUGGGGUCUUCCAGACUUUCUAUCAGCUCCAUCUCCUCCAGUCUGAAUCAUCAUCUAGCAUUUCCUGGAUCGGAUCUACACAGGCCUUCUUUCUCUUUAUAGUUUCGAUGAUCACAGGACCCAUAUUCGAUGCAGGUCAUUUAGCCUUGUUACUAUGGGUUGGUUCUGGGCUGGUUGUUAUUGGCAGCUUCCUCGUGACUAUCGCUUCCCAGUAUUGGCAGAUUUUCCUAACGCAGGCUCUUGUGAUGGGUGUCGGAUUUGGUUUGAUCUACCUACCAGCUCCGGCUGUUGUCUCUCAGCACUUUCACGCUCACACGGCCUUGGCGAUGGGUGCCUCGUCUGCUGGGAGCGCGCUUGGUGGUGUUAUUUAUCCCAUUGUGUUUUCUAGGCUUGAACCACGAAUCGGGUUCGGUUGGGCAAGCCGCGUCUUGGCCUUCAUCGUUCUCCUCACGUCUGCGAUCCCGAUCGCUUUGAUGAGGACUAAAACCCACUCAGAACGCUUGUCCAAGCGCAUCGUGGCACGAAACUGCAGCCUGAUUGACUACAGUGCAUUCCGAGACCCCCCCUACCUCCUGCUCAACCUCGGUCUCUUCUUUGGCUUCAUGGGUCUCUACAUUGUUCUUUACUACGUCGAGCUCUUCGCUCUUGAUCACAAUAUUUCACCAGAGAUAUCCGAGUACCUUCUUAUCAUCAUCAAUCUAUCUUCUCUCCCCGGUCGUCUCAUCCCCGGAUACUAUGCUGAUAGAAUCGGCUCCAUCAACGUUCAAUUUUCUGUUGCGCUCCUCAGUAUGAUACUUACAUUCUGCUUGAUGACCAUCCGAUCGGCAGCAUCCCUAGUCGUCUUUGCCGUACUAUUUGGCUUCUCCACCGGUGCCUUCAUGGGCCUGCCUGCUGCUGGCGUUGUGAACCUCUCCGCCGAUAAGAGCAAAAUCGGGACACGACUGGGCAUGACUCUCGCAUUUGUUGGGAUAGGCGUUUUAGUGAGUAACCCUAUUGCAGGUGCCAUCCUUGGGGCAAACAAGAAUUGGGUCGGGUUAAUCUCAUGGUGUGGUGCUCUGCUUGCGGCGUCCUCGGUCAGCAUGGCUGCAUGUCGCAUAUCCAAAGUAGGCACCCGGCUGAGUGAGGUUAUAUGA